AUGUUGCUACCUUGCACACCGCAUCCGCCGGUGUCGCUGCUAUUAUUUCUUCAAUCGGCCCCGCCUCGAAAGACUUUCGAUGCUUUCAUUGAAGACUGCAAGCUUUGUGGGAUGUCGUGGUGCUCGCCUGCUGCGCAACAGCUCUGUGUUGCUCUGAUUAUCCGCAACCCACUGGUCAAGAAGUAUCCACCGCGGCCGUCGAACAUAUAUGCUUUCUUGAAACAUUUCAUCUUUGAGCUCGAGCAGAUCCAUAGUGGUACGGCGGGUGCUGAGGAUCCUGACGGAGAGGAUCCCAUCCAUCAAGAUUUAAUGGAAGCAUAUAUUGAGUACAUGGAGCUUUCCGGGCGCAGUGAUCAAAAGUCAUUUUGCUAUCGGACGUAUUUCGACCCGAACGCUAGCGAGAAGUAUGUUUCUGUCCGUUUGGCUGUUGGGCAAUUCACCAAUGUGGGACUGGCACUCUGGCCAUCUGCCUUUGUACUUGUUCAACUUUUGGCGCGGGAGUUGUCGGAGCCGUCCCCAAGUGUGGUACCGUUUCCACUGGAAGGAGAACUCCGACUACUGGAAUUGGGGGCCGGUGUCGGACUGCUGCCACUUUUGCUGAAGCGGCAGCGUGCGUAUGAGGAUAGGGUUUGUUGUUGCAUACUCACGGAGUAUCAGCAGGAGCUUGUCGACAACAUAACAUUCAACUUGGCAUUACAAGAUAUAGUGGUGGCGGAGGCUGUAACCUCCGAUACCCCUAAUAGUGGAGGACCACUUCACGCGGUGGCACUACUCGAUUGGAGAGAACAUGAACAAAACCAGGUUAAGCUUCGAAAUUGGGGGUGCAACCUCAUUCUAGCUGCUGACUGUGUAUAUGAUGUGUCACUGAUUCAACCUUUUGUUAGGACCUUGCACGAUGCCCUAAGUGCUACAAAUGGUUGCGGUGGCGCUGUUGUCGUGCAGACACAUCGGCAAAGGGAAACAAUUCAACGUUUAUUUGCGGUCCUGGAAGAAGCCGGGUUAAGUGUUUGUUCUUACCGUCUGGCGUGCGGGGUACCGUCCGCUGGGCGGUCGCACGACAUCACUCUCACAUUUCCACGUUCUGUGUCGGUGCACACUGGGGAUGGUAGUGUAUGUUGUUUUGCGCUCGAGCGGGACGAAGUGAGCCCGUCUGGAAUCUUUAAAGGGCUCGAGGGUAUUGAAAACAGCGUUGUGAGCGGUUGGAUUGGGCCCUUUUUUACUUCGAUGGAGGCCGUGGUGGGCGUCCAUGUGAUUCGACUGAGGUCGAUUUGUUAG